AUGGAAAAAUUACCAAUUUUAUUUAUAUUCGAUUUUGAUGAGACAUUAUCAGUCCGUGCAUCUUGUUAUCCUAUAGAAGAACUUGCUCCUAAUAAAGAAAAAUUAAAUCUUGAUGAUAUUAAUCAUGGUUAUGUACAUGUUCAUCAUUGUUGGAACAGACGUAUGAAUGAAGUACAUAAACAACUUGCUGAACAAGGUAUUAAUACAGAACAAUUAAUUGAAGCAUUUCGUACGAUUGAAUUAAAUCCAGGUACUGCCGAACUCUUUCGUGAUAUACAUAUUAAUAAUCAUAAAAUAAUUAUUAUAAGUAAUGCAUGUGAUCUCCUGAUUGAAGAAUGUCUUCGCGCACAAAAUUUACUACAAUAUGUAGACGAAAUCAAAAGUAAUCCAGUACGACAACGCGAACCACUUAUAAUUAUUGAUGAAUACGAAAAUCCUUUACAAACAAAUUGUACAUUUUGUCAACCAAAUCUAUGUAAAGGUUCAAUUAUCGAUCAAUAUCGUAAUAGCAAUAGAUAUGAUAAAAUAAUUUUCGUUGGUGAUGGUGAUAAUGAUGUUUGUGCAGCUUUACGUUUAGAUAAAGCAGAUUAUGCUUUUGCUAAAUACGAUGAAGAAUCAGAAACAACUUAUAAAAUGUAUGAUUUAUUAAAAAAUCAAUAUUUUAAGCAAUUAAAAACUGAAUUACUUCUAUGGAAAACAAUGAAAGAUGUUCACGACAUAUUAAAAAAGAAAAAUAUUCUCUAA